AUGACCUUGAUUAAUAUAAAGAGCUUCAAGGUGACUCCACUGCCGCUAUGUGAGAGUGCGUCAGGCAACCACCACAUACAUGUACUGAUAGAAGGGUCAGCCGAAGAGGUCAAAUCAACACAAGAGGUCAACCAAGGUCAACAGCCUGAACUCACCGAAGGUCACGAGAAGCCUAAGGUAUCAACCUCCGAGGUCGACGAAAACAGCAAGGCUCAACCUUCUCCUGCUGAGGAAUUGAGCCAGCCGGGUGAAUCGAGUGGCCAGGCUGGAGUAGGAAUGGUGAGCAAGGAGUCAGGGGGGUCAAAACAGAGCCAGCAGCAGGGGAACCAGUCAUUGCCAACCAGUAACCAACAGACCAACAUCAAACAUGUGAACAAUAAAUCCAAACAGACAGUUGUGAGUUACCAUCAGAAUAAAAACAGCUGGGGAUUCAAACACUCGCCACCCGACAGCACUCAUCACACUUCGCUACUAUCGGGCUCAUCCUCCACCAACAAACCCAAACAACCCACCGACCAAAAAACUUCGACCCAAUCGAAAACGAGCGGAGCUUUGCAAAUCAAGAAAGAAUCGGAUCAGAAAUCGAAUCCUCGGAAUCAGCCUCCGAAGAUUCUCACUCACGUUUCGAGUGAACCCGACAUCAUAGUCGGAACUAACGACGUUCGCGACGACGCUUUGCUUGGCCGAGCAGCGGAUCACCGAGAGCAUCGGAAGACUCGGUUUGUGACAAACACACGUCUCAGUUCCUCGGUUGACCGACCCGAGAGUCGUUACAAUCAGCGGAGGAACCCGGAAACAGGUGUACGAAGUCAUCAAUUAGAACCGAGCGCACGAGGCGAGAGCGAAUUAGCCAGGAGGAGCUCAGCGCAGUCCUUCGACCACUCACAAGCGUCUAAUCUCAACUACCAAUCGCAGCAUUCGAGUACCUUCGCAAACAUGUGCCAAAUGGGAAAUAUCAGUCGGAAACGAAGUGCCAAGUUCCUCAAAUCUAUCGGUCACGAGACUGUGGCGGAUGUGAUCCAGCAUACUGCAGAUCAGAAUGCGGUGGACAUCCUGUUGCAUGCCAUCGACCUCGAGUGCAUCUCUGUUCUCAAGGAACUCCUAGACGUGCCUACAUUCCUGAAGUGCGUGAAUGAAACGAGUAAGUCUGGCACCUACCCUCCGGACAUGACUCCCCUCAUGCUGGCAGCACACAGGAACAACAUCGACAUCAUCCAGCUACUCUUCAAACACGACGCAUCCGAAAUCAAAAGGUUGAACGUGGAGAUCAACGAUGCAGUGAGUGCGCAUUCGAACCUGAAUGCGUACAAGGCUCUGGCCUCCCCCAUGUACCUCAUCUCCGUGCACCCCACAAACCCCAUUCACGAAGCCUUAUCUCUCAGUUACGAGUUGCACCAGUGGAGUCUGUGGGAGUACGAGUUCCACCACGAGUACCAGACUAUGGCCCAGUCGGUGGAACAGUUCGCCCUGGACCUGCUGGAUCUCACCCAUCCGGAGGAACUGGAGACUCUUCUGGUGAAGGGACCCUCAGGGCAGGAGUUGGAGACUGUCACACACGCAGUCGAGCUGGAACGCAAAAAUUUCGUAGCAAGUGCAAACUUCCAAGUGGUGCUAUCGCCCAAGUGGUAUGGCAAGAGUGGGCCUUAUCUGAACAAGUUGAGGCGGAUGAAUGUGCUCUUCUGGUACCUCAUCUUCCUCCCCACAGCAGUCCUCCUCACCCUCAUCGAACUGCCCCUCUCAGCCCUCAUCUACACCUUCUAUCCCGGACUAACUCUGCACGGGGUGCGUAUGGGUGACCUAAUCAGGAUCCCGUUCAUCAAAUUCAUCAAUCACAUGGCCUCCCAGAUGACGUUUCUGUUCCUGCUGAUGCAGGCAGCCUCCACCAGUGCAAACCGGGGCUUCAACCGACACACUGGGUCGGGCAAGAACCACGACCAGAACUACGACCUCCUCAACCCCUCCCUCACCGAGUGGUGGAUCUGCAUAUGGGUCAUGGGAAUGGUGUGGAAUGAGUUGAAGCAGGUGCACGCGGCAGGGGUGAGUGCCUACUUCGGGGAUCUGUGGAACCGGAUAGACGCCACCAUGAUAGUGCUCUACUUCUCCACUCUUGCCUUCAGAGCCGCCUCUUACCUCACUCAUCGUCUCUCAGACGUCGUGCUCGACCCCGCCAACCUCAAUUCAACCAACAUCACCAACUUCAGUAGUCACCUCACCUCCUCCGGAGCAUCAUCAGGAGCUGCAGGAGGGGGGAGUAUCGGGGACACCUUGGAUUCCAUAGGUGCAGGGUGGGAACUGUCGUCAUCAUCGACCCCCCUCCCAGGCGUGGACGAUGAGAAAGAGGGGCCUCUAAAGUGGCAGUAUUGGGACCUUCUGUUUUUGUCCGAGGGGGUGUUCGCUCUGGCUAAUAUCUUCAGUUUUAUGCGACUAGUUACCCUGGCGACUCUUUCACAGCACAUAGGUCCAAUGCAGAUCUCGUUGUCUCGGAUGGUGAAGGAUGUGAUGAAGUUCAUGUUCAUCUUCUUCCUCGUCCUCCUCUCCUUCGCCUGUGGCCUACACCAACUGAACUGGUUCUUCAAAACAGACUGCAAACACUCAGAUCCUAUCUCAGACUACGGGGUCACAGGAGUCUGUCGCGACGGAUCCGACAAAAAAGCCUUCGACUCUCUACUCAUGGCAAUGCGGACUCUGUUCUGGGCACUAUUUAACCUCUCGCCGCCUCCGAACAACAUCGAGACUUCCAUCCCGAACAACAAAUCCACACCCAUUAUCAUGUUCAUAGUUGAGGCCAUGUAUGCGAGCUAUUACGUCACUGCUGUGAUUGUGUUGUUGAGGAUGUUGGUUGCGAUGAUGACGACCAGUUAUCGAGACAUCGAGAGUCGUGCAGACGUUGAGUGGAAGUACGCCAGAUCCAAGUUAUGGAUGACAUACAUAGAAGAGGGGAGCACCCUGCCUCCCCCCGUGAACCUGUUACCCAGUAUGAAGUGGGUGGUUCGGGUGGUGAUCCAGAUGGUAACUGGGAAGUGUUGCAAGUGUGACUCCUUCAAGGACAAGGUAGAUGCCCUCAAGCAGGAGGAGCAGCGGAGAAAAGACGAGUACAAUUAUAAAAGGUUAAUUGACAAACUGAUCGGUCGAUAUCGGAAGGAAAAAGCACGCGUGAACAUCAUUUAUCCCGAAGAAACGGAAGAAAUCGGCAAAUCGAUAGUGGUUCUACACACCGAAAACCGACGUCUGCUCAGCUUAAUCCAGCGACUUACAAAAGACUCAGAGGAACAUGCCAAAAACUGGUUCCACGAUUACAAUGUUAGAAAUCAGUACUUGAAAAGCGACUCGACUGAAAGCAAUCCAGGGGCCAAUUCAAGUGGGGGGAGGAAUGAGUUACACCCCCGACAUGGACCCCGUCAUCAGCAAGGUGGGGGUCAAAAUCAUCAAGCACCCCUUCAAAGACCUGCCUCAUCAAUAGGGGGGCUCAAUUAUGCCACUUCGUUUGCAGGAACAACUGGAAAUCACUUAGAAAGUAAAUGUAGCAUGAAGUCAAAUGCGUCACAUCUUCAGAACACAGGAAACCACCAUGGAAACAUAAAUUAUAAUUUGCAAUUAGCAGGUGUUAACCUGUCACCGUCAAAUGCUCAAGGCCAUCAGAUGGGAGACGAGGAAACUAGUUUAAUCCACCGUUACAACGGACAGUCAAGGUCAAACCGGUUAUUUGUCGACGAAGCCGAAGAGAUCAUUGUCGAAACUGACAUGUCAUCGUGCGACAGUCCUGUUCGCCAGAUAUUCUGCCAAAGUGGAAGUAGUCUAGAUGAUGCAGAUACUGAUGAAAUUCGGCUAAUUUCGCCUUCGUCUGAACGGAAUCGAGAGCGAGAUUUGGCUAGAGAUAGAGCCCUCCAAUCAAAUUCAGUUCAACAAAAAACAACAAGUGUGCAUCAUCAUCACCGUCCCCUCUCAAAUGCGGAGAGCGGAGAUGAAAUAAUAAAAGACGAAACGCGAGUAUAAGUGUCUCACUAAACCUAAUCUACAAAAAACCACUUUUUUGAAAAUUAGGUAAGACAAUUUUGGGUGUUUUUAGCACCUGAUAAGACUAAAGCUUGAUUUAGAAGCCAAAAGGCACAUGAAAAUAAUGAAAUCAACAAUAAGAAGCCAAGCUCGGAUUUCAAGAUAACAAGAACUAAGCUAUUACCUCUCUAAUAUCUCGUAUAUUUGAUUUAGAGGCACUUUACUUUGUUUAAGGAAUUCAUUUAAAAAUCAAGCCUAAGCAAAAUACCGUCAGUUAUUUUUUUUGUCCGUGAAACUCUAGAAUCCACCUUGUCUGUAAAUUUCUAUAAAGUCUUGCUAGCCAAAAUCCAAUUUUAGCGACUACUUUUAAACUAUGUGUAUUAAAAAUUAAAUUCCAAGUGCCUUUUGAUACUUUCGCUGCUUGCCUUCAAGCUUUAGGUUUGAGUUUAAUAUAACACUAAAGGUCACACAUCUGCCUUGUCUGCAAAUUUCGUAUAAAAUCUCGCUAGAGAAAAACCAAAUUUAGCGACUAGUGCUUAACUAUGUGUAUUUCGUAAAUUAUUUUCCUAGCGCCUAUUGAUAUUACCGUUCAGUGGGUUCGAACAUUAGCUUUGAACUAUAUGCAAAAUAGGAAACAUUUCCCACAAGGUCUCAAAGUUCUGUGAUCGUCUCUGAUUUUUAUCGGCCUCCUAUUGACUUUCCAGCGAUUAAAACCAACAAAAACUGAAAAAAGACUUUUUGCGGGAAGGGAGCGUGCCGUAGUAACGUUACGUUUCAUUCUACCUAAAAAAUCAUCUCUUCAAGAGUCCAACUAAUUGAAAAACUGAAUAAACAGGUAUUGUUAUAUUCCGCUCGAAACGAAACUCUACAAAUGAAAACCUAAUUUUUGAGCCCGAAAGCAUUUUUCUAUUUUUGCUCCAUUUGCAUUUUUAUUAAUGGCAUGCCUAUUUUGCAGUAAAUUUGAAAAAAAAACACAGCGAACAGACAAUGAAAAAGUGUCAAUAAACCCAACAAAAAUAUGCCAACAAAAAGAUGCCAAGUUAAGCACAAAACUAAUCUAUUACCUCUCGUAAUUCCCGCUAAAUUGAUUUUAAAAGGAACAAGAAAUUGUCUAUGGAAUUUUUCAAAGAUCAAGCCUACGCAAAAUAACGGCAGUUACAAAAUCUUGUCUAUAAAAUUAGAAGAUAAACCAGUUUCGGCCGUUGAAGCGAAACAAUUAAAUUUAAGCUGGAUUUUGAUAGUUAUCAAAGAAUUCCGCAGUUUUUACCUCAAAUUUCAUUCCACGCUUUGUCAAGGGAUUCCAGAUAUUGUCUUUGAAAUCCACAGUUUGUCUAUAACUUCUGUAUUUUGUCUUUGAUUAUAAAUAACUGUUGUUGCUUAACAGGGAGAAGCACCUACCAUAUUGUGAGUUCACUGCAGAAGCAAAACACGUUUGUCGAUGAUUUUAUCCAACUAUGGCUAAGCAUAACAUAUAAUUCUAGAAUCCGGGUUGUCUGUAAAGUUUUUUUAUAAUUUUUUGUUUGCAAAACGAUAAUUCUAACGACCAGUGUUUAUCCAUAUUGCAAGUUUUUUUCCUUGUUUUUACUGAUAUUGCUGCUCAGUGGGUUCUAAGAUUAGAUUUUAGUUAUGUUUAAAAUUAAAAAUAGCAACACUACUUGUAUCAGGGCGAAACUUUGAAUGUUCCGAAUGCUUUUUAAAGUCUAUGGAGCAAUGUUCGUUAUAGCAAAAUUCAAUGAAUAUAAAACAAAAUGGAAAAACUUAAUACUUCAUUGAAAUAUUGUUGAAAAUUAUCCCCUCACAACUGCUAUUUAAGUACAAUGUGACAAAUUUUGCUCCUGGUAACGUGGCAAUUAUCAAAAAACAGCCUGCUUUAACUAAUUUGGAGCAAUUUCUAAGACGGAAGAAAUAUCUGCUUACGCGUUAAUAGCACGGAAAUUAUCCCAAAAUGGCUACCUUCAAACCGCAUAACAUUACGAAAAAUGACCAAAUUAAAGUAUCUUUUUUUUUAAAUUUGUUCCGAGGACAACAGUAGUUUUGGGAUGAUUUAAAAAACAGUUAUAGUGAACCUUGUCUAAAUGAAAAAAAACACCCGAGCACUAAUAUUCCAGAACUUUCUUCAAAACGAAGAAAACAUCUCUUAAGUAUUUACAAUUUUUAAAUUAUUUUUGAUCGUUUCUGUUGUUAAUUGGCCCAUUUUGGACUCGCCAGGAACUAACACCCAGCCAAGACUGCACGGAUUUUUUUUUUGUGGAAGUGGAUGGCGUUACAUUUCAUCCUACCAAAUAAAGUCACGUCCACUAGAACUAAAUCUAUUUAAAAGAAAUUGAAACAACAGGUAAUAUUUUACUCCGCUCGAAUAUCGACAAAUGGUGGCUUUUUUGAAAUAUAAAGCAAGUUUCGAAUUUUGAAAUCUCUUUAAAUACUUUUUGUGAUUGGCACUUUUUUGAUAAAUUUGACCUAAUUUGAGACAACAGGAUCAACAGAUAGAUGUUUCAUUCCGCUGGUAGAUCUUAACACUCAAAUUCAGAUUCCGAACUAGAAGCCUUUGAAAUUUUCUGUAUGACUUUUACAUAAUUGCAAAUUUUUACAAAUUUUCUGUAUGACUCCAUUCGAUAGUGGUUUUUGCUUUCCUUUUAGCAAAUGAGUUUUGACACGAAAUCGUCAAAAGUCAAACCGUAAAACAUCAAUAUUGGUGCGAACAAAUUAAAGACUUAUUCCCGCAAAAAAAAACGAAAAAUGUCAACUCGACCUAUUUAAAUGUCUUACUACUUUCAUUGGUCUUUUAAAAAAAAUUAGCGCAAACAUCUUUCUAUGAAAUAAAAAAAUAAAUAAAUCAUUCAACCUAUAUCUUACAACCUAAUAAUUGGUUCAUUUUGGUUGAGGAAAAGA